GAUACCUUGUUGACCAGUAUCCUGGCGGCCCAGAUUUGAUCUGGGCUUAGAGCAGGAAAGGUGCGAGUGAGGAGAGAAAGGAAGACGGAUUGCCGCCCCAGCCCCCGGGCCCCUGGGAGCUGAUGGGUGGCCAUGGAUCUGUAUCUCGGCAACUGCCGCAAGGCUGCCAAAGCCGCCGCCACUAAGGCAGCCGCCUGCAGCCGAACUGCAGACACGGAGCAAUGCGACAACAGCUUGCAAAAAAACCCCACUCCAGAAGUCGGAGCAGCUGAUCUAUUGAAUCUUACUCUUGUGGUCAAACUGCCUGUUAUCCCAGGAAGCAAUAAUGUGUUCUACACUACAAAUAUAAGUGAAAAGUUUUAUCAACCUUCUUAUGAUUUUAACCUGUCCGAUCGUUACUGUCGACUUUUGGAAACCAGCUAUAAAAGCCUACACACUCCACGUUCAAAAACACACUGUAAGUGAAGAAACACCAUCCAGAGACGAAAGAAAGGUGGCUACAUCACCAGCAGUAAUGAAGUGGGUUGAAUCCUAUUUCCUGUUAACCAGCAAAAACCUAGGGACUUGUUAGACACUUGUUUCUGUACCUCACUGGGACCCCGUAUCAACUUUAGUUGACCAAUAAAGGAAACCUAAUAGAAAACUCAAUUUUAAUUACUCACUAUGUCAGUAAAGAGAAAUCAGGCAGCUGUUGUUUCUAAAUAACUAUCUGUUCCCACUUGACCUUUCUGUUUUGAUAACAGCAAAAGAUAGGCACCAUGUGAUUUGAGUAUGUAAAGAUAUAAACACGCACACAUUUAGUUAUUUAUUUAUUUUUCUGCCAACUGUCUUGUAAUGCCUUUCCUCUGGCUCUAAAAGUAAUAAUGUCACUGCAUAUCUGUCAAGGAAUAUUUCCUAUACCCUUUGAGAAGACUAGAGAGAAUGUGGAAACCUAGCACAAUACAGCUUGAUAGAAUAAAUCCUUUGGGGAGUUAAACAUCAUUGCAGUGGUGUUUUAAUAACAAAUUUGUUGGGGAAAUAUAAAUUCCUGAUUAUGAUGUAAACCAUAUUAUUGAAAUAAUGUUAUUUAGAUAGAAAUUUCCUGGUGGUACAGCAACGUUAGAGAGCCACUACCUUCCAAAGAGUUGCCCAAAUGUACGAUUAUCACCCUUGAUCCCAAACUUAUUACUAAAAUGAAUGUUUUAUGACUGUUCUCUGGAGAGUUUUACGAUUGUAACAACUUUUUAUUUACAUUUUGGUUUUUGUUUUUAUAUGUCAUCUGUACCUUGAAGGAAUUAAAUAAGUACAGGGAGUAUCUGACCAGUUUAAAAUUAGACUUUGGAAGAAACUAUGUAAGAGAACAAGUAAGUUAAAUACCGAAAUUUGUUUUAUUUGCGGCCUGUAAGAAAGUAUUUAUGUAGGGUUUGGAAGAAAGGUUUGGUCCUCUGCAGAAUUUUUUCUUGUAAUAUUUUGACCUAGAAAUAUUUAGGUAGCAAGAUCUCUAGAGAUCUGUAAGAGAUAAAAAGGAGACCCUUUCUUUUCAUUUACAGAGAGAAAUUUUCACUUAUCUGAAAGGGAGCCACUCUAGACUUAAAUGCAGGUUAACAGAAUUAACCAUUUGUAAAGUUACCAAGUUUACCAGGAAGUUACUAAGCCCUCACCAGAAGAAGGCAUAUCUGAGGUUGGGGGUAUUUCUAACCAAGAGUAAAA